AUGUAUAGGAAUGCGUAUCAACGCGGAAUGCUUACGGUGUUUUUCAGUGUUGGCUCAAAACCGUUAGCUAUAUGGGAUACUCAUACGCAGGACGGGUAUAUAACAAGGUUUUUGGACCAAGAUAUUAAGUCAAUGGUCUUAGAGAUAGGUGGAACUAAUGUAAGUACAACAUACAUCACUUGUCCGAAAGGCCAAAUGGUUUUAGGUAUUACGAUGCCGUUUUUGGUUAUGAUAGUAAAGAAUUUGAAAAAGUACUUUUCAUUUGAAGUUACUAUUCUUGACGAGACAGGAACUCGAAGGAGAUUUCGAGUAUCUAACUUUCAAAGUAGCACUCAAAUUCUACCUCUCUGUACAGUAAUGCCUAUUGGUCUUUCUGAAGGAUGGAACCAAAUCCAGUUCAAUUUAGCAGAAUUCACUCGUCGGGCGUAUAAGAAACAAUAUGUUGAGGUACAAAAGCUUAAGAUAAAUGCCAAUAUACGGCUUCGUAGAGUUUAUUUUACUGAACGACUGGUACCAGAGGAUCAAUUACCACCAGAGUACAAAUUAUAUUUUCCACUGACGUCUAAAUAUGCGAAAGAUAAAAAAGCCAUUCAAUCAAAUGUUGAUAAAGAAAACGUGAAACCGUCUACGUCACAAUCUUUAAAAGAACGCAGCACUGCACAGAGUCGUGAAGGUUUAAGAAGUAAAGUAGAUUUAGUAAGAAGUUCGAAAUCUUCCGUUCAUUCUAAUAAAAAAGUGCCCUUAAAUGAAACCAAAGGUGAUUCAAAGACAGCUAUUGAAACAGUUAAAGAAGAGUCAAUUAACGCAGAUAAAGAACAAGAACAAAUAGCAGAGGAUUCUAUAAAAAAAGAGGAAAAUGAAGAUGUUAAGGAGGAAAGUGAAACUAAUAAAGAGGAUAUUGAAACUAACAAAGAGGAAAGUGAAACUAACAAAGAGGAAAGUGAAACUAAUAAAGAAGAAAAUAAAGAUAAUGAAGAGGAAAGUGAAGUUAAAAAAGAACCCGAGGAAGAAGAAACAGCAGCUUAA